AUGACGUCCGUCCAAGGUUCCCAAGCAGUGGAGACGUAUUUGCGUAACUUUGUAGGUGAGACGGCCCAUUAUAAGGAAAUUCUUGAGAUUACACUGUGCUACGGAGUGCAAUGUUUAUCAAGGACUUGUUCACUGAAAGGUAUCAGUUGUGACAAAUUACGUAUCAUUACAGAAUAUGAUACAGUAAAGAAACAAGACUUUUAUGUAUACAAUGAAUCUCAAUGUAAUGACAAGGAAGGAGGAAGGAGGCAGCAAUGGAUGCCGUUGGAAGUAAAGACCAAGCCUUCACACGCGUGGAGAGAUGGAGAAGUGGAAAUGCCAGAAUUUUGUGGCAUUUUGGCUGUAGCAUCUUCACAUUGUUUUACUGCAGAUCCGAAAUCUGCAAAUGACGCGAUGUUGUACUCUCUAUCGCCAUCGUUUGAUGAGAUUGCUUACCUUACUAAAUUGUUGGGCAAGUCCUUUGUGGACGUGAUGUGGAAGAGAUUUGAAGAAAGAAAGGGGUCACAGAUUACUACAAGAGAAGCGAUUGAUGAAGAGUUUCAUGAAAUUGAUCAGAGGAAGACAGUGGCGACAUUACUGCCGCUAGAAAUGCCAAUUACAUCGUUCACAGAGUUUUUGGGCACGUAUGUGACGGAGUGCGUGCGUCAGCGGACGAGAUCUGCGGACAAUAGUGAGAGUGAUAAUGGUGAGGGUGUUGCUCUCAAUGACGAACAGGAGAAUACUGACGCUCGAGGAGGUGUGUUUGUGGACAAACCAAGCCCCUCUUUUGUCACAAGUAGACGACGAAAUGCUAGUACUCCAAGCAUUGGGAUAGCCAACACACAUUCACAUGUCGAUCCUAUUCAGAAAAAUCAUCCUCUACUACGUCAGCUGCAGCCACACCAAGUUACUUGCUCGCUCCAGCAUGUUCAGUCGAAGAUCCAGCCUGAAUUACAAACCCGGCGACAGAAACCUUUGCGAGUGAAGAGAACACAGUCACAGAGAAUGACCCGGGACAGCCUAGCGAGUGCUCGGUUGGCUGAGUACGACGCCAGGCGUGAGCUGCAGAACGUGCGUGAUGGGCGCCUUGCUUCCAAGAUGUUUGUACGUAAUAUAACGACGGGAGCCGCUGCGUUAGAAAUCGUGGACGGCUUUAUGAAGAGUCCUCUUAUGGACACGUUUGGUCGUGGAGAUAUGUUCGUGUCAGGUAGAACCACGCAGACAACUGAUCCCACCCAGCCAUGCUCAGCACAAAAAGACCCCUUGAAACAAGAAUUGUGCGGCGCAACACCAUUUGGUGACUCUUCUCUCGGGUGCGAGCCCGAAUUACGACAUCGAUCAGAAAUCCUACCAAAACAACGAAACUGCCAGGAAUGCCUGGAUGAUUUUGGGCCACUUCAUACGAAAAUUGUUCGGCCCAAGUGGAAUAAAGAGGAUGUUACAAAGUCUGAUUCGCGUACCAGAAAGAUCAAGUUUGAGUGGAAUUUUGAGCAUGUCCCUCGUGGAAAUUACGAGACUACUGAUUGCCCAAACGCAUGGACAAAGUUUGAAGAAGAAGCAAGUGAAGAAGGAAUUGCUCGAGAAAUUAAUCACUUUGUCGAUGACCUGGGCGAUACACUGAGUGAAAGCUCGGAUCUUGUAUUCCAAUGGCUUGAAGGCGCCGUCUGA